AUGGCCUUCCCACCCAACGACGACGAAAUCAGCACAUGGCAAACCAAGCUGAAAGCCCUGCGUCUCAAGUGCGAGAUGUGUCUGAAGGACGAAAUCACUGCAGGCUGUCAUAACCCGCACGCAUGGAAGUCUGAAGAGGACAAUGGAAAUGACCCUAUCUACACUGAUGGCGUCCUCAUGUUGGAUUCCAUCAAGCGAUGGAAGGUUGACGGCUCUCCUGACGACAUGAAGAAGCACUUUUCCCCAACCACCGGGACCACGUGGAGACCGAAGAACGUGCGCCUAUGCGACGCUGGGGUAAUCUACGCCCUACUGACACUAUCCACGAGCUACAGAGCCAAGCAUCUUGCUUAUGACUUUGACGCCAGAGGUGAAGUACGAACCUCUCAUGUGCCCCGUGCACCAAGCGUGGUUGUUACCCAAAACAACAUACGAUUCCUGCUUGCAUGGAGAGGCGUCUACGUCUUGACUGGUGGCUACAACGACGCAGGAUGGUUGUUAGCCUCGGACUACGACAUAGAUGCUCCUCAUCUCGUGGCCGGUCUGGUCGUAGCGCCUCCACACCUGAAAACAAACGAUAACCUCAACACAGACAUGGCUGAAUAUGACCCUCCUCAAAUGAUGGCGUCGGCUAAAGUCAAGGACAUCUGGGAGUUUGGCCACAAAACUUUCAAUAUCCGCCUAUGCGGCACUCGCCAGUGGGAAAACAAAUGCCUCAUAUUGUCCAAUCGCAAAACCGGUUACCAGACAAUCCACAAACUGGAAGGAAUUCAUCGCUUGAUUAGCCCGUCCGCCUGGGGUCGCAGCCCCAAUGCCGCCGAUUUCGAAUCCUUUUGCAUGCCCACGCAGUACCCGGCCCGUACAGACGACAACUGGGAUCCUGUGGAGCAGAGCAAAACCACAAAGUCCCUGGGCUGGAAUUUCUAG